GUUGAAAGACUGUGCCUGUGCGUUCAUCAAGGAACCACUGCCCAGAUCGAAGUCCCCCUGGCGCAAACGAAAGCCCCUUCAUCAAUCAACCAGCUGGUUGACGUACACGAAAGAAUUGGAAAGGAAACUCACGAGACCGGGUAGUUUUCGUGGUCUGACGGCCGAACAAUGGUUUCAUCCUCCAAAUCAACAUGGAUGAUGGCGGGGGCUUGCCUUAUUUUGAUGGCAUUUCAGGUCCAAUCAUUUACGUUCGUUCCGGCAACACGAGCAACAUCGACAGUCAAACGGGUUGCCCCGGCCUUUAUGAGUGCCGUCGCUGACGACAAAUCGGAAACAUCCGAGACGGAAGCGGCGGCACGCGCUCGUCUCGUCAUGGAAGCCGAGGCCGCCAUGAAUGGUGGCAGUAGUAAGAUUGGCAUCAAAGACACCAAACUUAUGGAUCUGGGUGGUAGGCCGUUUCCGUUGUCCAUGAUUGUUGGUCAGGAUUCCAUCAAACAGGCCUUGUUGCUAUCGGCAAUUAAUAAUCGUAUGGGUGGGGUAGUAAUUUCGGGAGGCAAGGGGACUUCGAAGUCUGUCAUGGCCAGAGCUCUGCAUCAACUGCUACCUCCGAUUGAAAUCCUUAAGGAUUCUGCCUUCAAUAUUGACCCCGAAGGUGAAUUUGGACUCGAUGAUUUCACUCGUACUGAAAUCGACAAUGGCGGCACUCCGUUGGCGGACCGCGAGACGGAAAUCAUUCCGUGUCCCUUCGUGCAAGUUCCGCUUAACGUGAUGGAAGAUCGUUUGAUAGGAAGUGCCGAUUUGGAAGAAAGUGUCAAAUCGGGCAAGACGGUUUUUGCUCCUGGCUUGUUGGCAAAGGCACAUCGAGGAGUUCUCUACGUCGACGAUAUCAAUCUCCUCGACGAAGAAACAGCCAAUAUCCUGUUGAACGUUGUCUCCGACGGAUAUGUCCUUGUUGAGCGUGAGGGUAUAUCACUGCGAUACCCUUGCCGUCCGUUAUUGAUUGCUACCUUCAACCCGGACGAGGGAGAACUCCGUGACCACUUGCUUGAUCGCAUCGCAAUUGCGCUUUCGACCAACGCUGAUCGCUUGGAUAUUGGACAGCGCGUAGACGCCGUCGAAAGUGUACUAGAUUUCGCUAGUUCCGGAAAACAAAAGACCGACAAGGCAGAAGUUGCUCUGCAGGAGGCUAUCGACAACGAGGACGAUCUCAAAACAGCCAUCGUUUUUGCUCACGAAUACAUCAAGGACCUGAAGGUUGCGCCUUCGCAGAUGCAGUACUUGUGUGAAGAGGCCAUCCGCGCCGGGUGCCAGGGACAUCGUGCUGAAAUUUUUGCCUGUGAAGUGGCUCGUGCGAGUGCCGCACUGGAAGGUCGCCAGGUAACUAGUGAGGAUCUGCGUCUGGCUGUCAAGCUUGCGAUUGCUCCCCGUGGAACCUUUAUAAAUACACCGAUGGAUCCGGACGAGAUGAUGCCCCCGCCACCGCCACCUCCGCCGCCGCCACCGCAAAUGGACGACCAAAGUCAGGAUCAGGAUGAAGACCAGGAAGAUGACGAUGAACAACCGGAUGAAAAAGAAGACGAGGAGGAAGACGAAGAUCGCGAAGAUGAAGCCCCUGAUGUACCGGAAGUACCACAAGAGUUCAUGUUCGACAUUGAUGCGACCCCAAUGGACCCAGAUCUCAUUGACUUUACUAGUCGGGAACGUAGCGGCAAGGGAGGAGGCCGUGGUCUCAUUUUUUCGCAGGACCGUGGCCGUUACAUCAAGCCCAUGUUACCGAAGGGCAAGGUAAUUCGUCUGGCUGUUGACGCAACUCUCCGUGCGUCUGCUCCUUACCAAAAGUCACGUCGUGAGCGCGCGGUUGGUACCUCAAAGGAGGGGCGUGGGGUCCACAUUCAACAGUCGGACGUGCGCAUCAAGAAGAUGGCACGUAAGGCAGGUUCAUUGAUUAUCUUUGUCGUGGACGCUUCCGGAUCGAUGGCUCUCAACCGCAUGAAUGCCGCUAAGGGCGCGGCCGUCAGUCUCCUGACGGAGGCAUACCAAAGCCGUGACAAAAUCUCACUCAUUCCCUUCCAGGGAGAAAUGGCCGAUGUUCUGCUACCUCCCACGAAAUCCAUCACCAUGGCUCGGCAACGGCUCGAACAAAUGCCUUGUGGAGGAGGCUCUCCACUAGCUCACGCACUGCAAUUGGCAACGCUCACCGGUAUUAACGCCCAGAAGAGUGGGGACGUCGGUAAGGUUGUGGUCGUAUUGAUUUCCGACGGUCGAGCGAACGUUCCCCUUUGUGUGUCCAUGGGCGAAGAAUUCGACCCAGAAUCAGACGAGGAUUCCAAGGAUGGCAAGCCCAGUCGAAGUUAUUUGAAGGACGAAGUAUUGGCGUGUGCCAAGCGACUGGGAUCCCAAGGAGGCUUCAACUUGCUUUGUAUUGAUACGGAAAACAAGUUCAUUUCGACCGGUUUGGCCAAGGAAAUUGCCGAUGCCGCUUUGGGCAAGUAUCACCAGAUUACCAAAGCCGAUGGGAAAGCGAUCGCCAGCGUGACAAGCCAAGCGCUGAACCAGAUUAAAUCCAAGUAAAGAUUUGACCAAAUUGUCGUCGU